AUGUCGUACCUUCAAAACCAACUCAAGAAUUUCAAUGCGAGUGUCAAGGAGUCGGCGAACCGCCUGCCUCAGCAGAGGCGUGUAGCAGCCAACCCUCCAUCCGGCAGCAGCUCGCAGGUUCCCUCCUCGGCACCCACUCCUCAGCCGACCAGCGAACCCAAGAAGAAACGACACGAUGCCGACAUUGUCUAUUCCCAGCCGGCCAAUACGGGUACCGGCAAGGACAUUAUGACCCAGGUCCUUUUCGCCAUCGAACACAUGAAGACCAAGGGUGUUCCGCUGAAGUUCGCCGACAUCAUCUCGUACCUGUCUCUUCAACACCGGGCUCAUGAUCAAGGCUAUGUCCAAGCGCUCCGAAGUAUCCUGCAAGCGCAUGAGAAGGUCGACUAUGAUCCGAGUGGCGCCAACGGCGAAGGCACCUUCAGUUUCCGUCCUCCGCACAACGUUCGCAACCCCGAGCAGCUACUGCAGAAACUUCAGUCCCAAACCACGGCCGCUGGUAUGAGCGUGCGGGAACUUCGUGAGGGCUGGCCUAAUGUCGAAGAUGCAAUCAACCAGCUGGAGAAAGAAGGGAAGCUGCUUGUGACCCGUAACAAGAAAGACGACCAUGCUAAGAUGGUCUGGGCCAACGAUCCUUCGCUUAUUGAGCACUUCGACGAUGAAUUCAAGCACAUCUGGGAGAAAAUCAAAAUCCCGGACCCCCAGGCCGUGAAGGAAGCGUUGGAGAAGGCCGGUAUUACCCCCACCAACAAGAACAAGGUCAUCAAACCGCGCCCUAAGAUGGAACCAAAAAAGGUCAAGAAGGCACGCCGCAGCGGCAAGACAACCAACACUCACAUGAUGGGCAUCCUCCGGGACUACUCGCAUCUGAAGCGGUGA